AUGGCGUCCAUCUUCCCCGUCGUAUUCUGGCUCGUUAUUGUCGUGGUGCUCAUGGCAUGCGCCGCGCUCUUUACGCCAAAGGGCCCCCAACAAGUUGUUGUGCGCACAAGCAUCAUGCUCGCGCUCGCGUCUUGCUACCUCAUGUGGAUGAUCACAUACAUGGCCCAACUACACCCUCUGAUUUGUGCGUGA